AGUAUCAGUAACGAACAUUGUGCUAAUGUCAGAUACUCAGAUUGAUGUGCUGUUAUUAUACUGAACGUAGUAGAUGUAGGCAUUGAACUACAUAUAAAAUGUCGCGACUAUUCAAGUUUAAGAAAAGUCAAACCUAAAAAAAAACAUGUCCUUCCAUAUUUUGGAGGAGUUAAACGAGAAUAAUAUUAAAUGAUAUAUUCCUUAUUUACUUGGGCAUUACUCCAAUUUUCCUAAAAACCUCACCGUCUUUCCUUUCUUUGCUUUAGCCUCUCUACUUUUUAAAAACGUAGGGUUUUAUAGUUUCCAGUUCUGCUUAUUCACAUUGGUAGCCUCUUUUCCAAAGUUUAUAUUUAUUUUGGAGGCUGAGAAAUUUGCAGAAACAUUCGUCAUAAUCAUCAUGAGUACCCGUAGCUUCUGCAAGAGAGCUUACAGCUUCUUCAAGGCUUACCCUUCUGCUUCCAAGCUUCUUCUUCUCAGUACCUGCAGCGGUGGCGGUCUACUAGUGUAUUCAGACUCGAGUCCAUCGAAGCGUACAUUAACAGCAGAUGGCCAAGAAAUCAAGAAGAAGAAGGUGGUUGUUCUCGGGAGUGGCUGGAGCGGCUACAGCUUCUUGAGCCACUUCAACAACCCUAACUACGACGUUCAAGUUGUCUCUCCUCGCAACUUUUUCCUCUUCACGCCUCUCUUGCCAAGUGUCACCAACGGCACCGUUGAAGCUCGUAGCAUUGUUGAACCCAUCCGUGGCCUUAUGCGCAAGAAAGGAUUUGAGUACACAGAGGCAGAGUGUGUCAAGAUCGAUCCAUCCAACAAGAAGAUCCAUUGCAAGUCAAAGGAUAGCACAAGCCUCAAAGGCACAACAGAGUUUGACAUGGACUACGACAUUCUAGUCGUAGCGGUUGGAGCCAAGCCUAACACAUUCAACACCCCUGGAGUUGAGGAGCACGCCCAUUUCCUCAAGGAAGCAGACGAUGCUCUCAAGAUCCGUCGCUCAGUCAUAAACUGUUUCGAGAGAGCGUCUCUUCCUGAUCUAACCGAAGAAGAGAGGAAAAAGAUUCUUCACUUCGUUGUGGUCGGUGGAGGACCAACCGGUGUCGAGUUCUCAGCUGAGCUACAUGACUUCUUGGUCGAGGAUGUGGCUAAGAUAUACCCAAAGGUGCAAGAGUUCACGAGAAUCACUCUUCUCGAAGCAGGCGACCACAUUCUCAACAUGUUUGACAAGAGGAUCACUGCUUUUGCUGAGGAGAAGUUCCAGAGAGACGGUAUUGAUUUGAAGACGAAGUCUAUGGUUGUUGGAGUGACUGCUGAUGAGAUAUCUACAAAGGAAAGGGGAAGUGGUGAAGUUGUGUCUGAGCCUUAUGGUAUGGUUGUGUGGUCGACAGGUAUUGGUUCACGUCCUGUUAUCAAGGACUUUAUGCAUCAGAUUGGUCAGGGUCAGAGACGUGUCUUGGCAACUGAUGAAUGGCUUAGAGUGGAGGGAUGUGACAGUGUCUAUGCUUUAGGUGACACUGCAACCAUCAACCAACGUAGAGUCAUGGAAGAUAUAGCUGCAAUAUUCGGUAAAGCAGAAGGAGAGACAGGAACAUUGAACAAGAAAGAGUUCAAAGGUGUGGUGAAAGACAUAUGCCAGAGGUACCCUCAAGUGGAGCUUUACUUGAAGAAGAAGAAACUUAGAAACAUUGCAAACUUGCUCAAGAGUGCGAAUGGCGAUAACACAGAGCUCAGCAUCGAAACGUUUAAGCAAGCUCUCUCAGAAGUUGAUACUCAAAUGAAGAAUCUUCCAGCUACUGCACAGGUUGCAUCACAACAAGGGAAGUACCUUGCAAAGUGCUUCAACAAAAUGGAGAAAUGUGAGAAGAAGCCAGAGGGACCAUUGAGGUUCAGAGGAGAAGGUCGACACCGGUUCCAGCCGUUUAGGUACAGACAUUUUGGAUCGUUUGCUCCGCUUGGAGGGGAACAGACAGCAGCUGAACUGCCUGGGGAUUGGGUCUCCAUUGGUCACAGCAGCCAGUGGCUGUGGUACUCGGUUUACGCAAGCAAGCUGGUGAGCUGGCGCACAAGGUCGCUUGUAGUCUCUGACUGGGUUCGACGCUUUAUCUUUGGUCGUGACUCCAGCAGCAUCUAAGCUUCUUGCUUCUCCCCCAUUUUUUGCUUUCCUUGGUUGGAGCUCGUGGUUUUUACAUUCACCUUCUUUUUUUUAUCAAAUACAUUCACCUUAAUUUUUUUU